AUGAACGGACAAGAACUCUUGGCGCCUCAGAGCCGCCUCGCAAAACUGGUGCCAGGGACAAAGGCCACCAGCCCGGUGUCUCACUUGGAAGAUCCAGGUCGGAUGCCCUGCUGCAUUUUGCGCAAGCGCCGUCGCACUGGCGUGGGACGUGGCAGCCCACGGAGGCUGGGUCAGUUUCAGGAAGCCGAGCAGCGCUUCCGCGAGAUCGCCGAAGCUUACGAGGUCCUAUCCGAUCCCGACAAGCGGAGGAGUUAUGAUGCCGGUGGCAGCGAUGCUGGCGGCAUCAACUUCGACUUUGGAGGGUUUGACUUCGGCUCUGCCUUCAAGGAUCCCAAGGACCUCUUCAAAGAGAUGUUCGGCAGCGAGGACCCCUUCGCGGACUUCCACAAGUUCUUCGACGACGCUGCGUCCUGA